CCAUCCCUGCUCGAGGAAGAGAAUCAAGAACCAGUCAGCAGGAGAGGACGAGAUGGACGCGAGGGGGAUCCGAGGCGCCAACCAGAGCGGCCGCGACAGCCAAGAAGAUGAGCAGCAAGCGAUGAUGAUGGAGGAUCUGAGGAGAGGCCCCUGGACUGUGGAAGAGGACCUCACCCUCAUCAAUUACAUUGCCAACCACGGCGAAGGCCGCUGGAACUCCCUCGCCCGCAGCGCAGGUUUGAAACGGACCGGAAAGAGUUGCCGACUGCGGUGGCUGAAUUAUCUCCGCCCCGACGUUCGGCGCGGGAACAUAAGCCUCGAAGAGCAGCUGUUGAUUCUCGAACUCCAUUCUCGUUGGGGCAAUCGAUGGUCGAAGAUCGCGCAACACUUGCCGGGCAGGACGGACAAUGAGAUCAAGAACUACUGGAGAACCCGGGUGCAGAAGCAAGCGAAGCAGCUCAAAUGCGACGUCAACAGCAAGCAAUUCAAGGACGCCAUGCGCUACCUGUGGAUGCCGAGGCUGGUCGAGAGGAUCCAAGCCGCCUCCACCUCCACCACGGCUGCUACACCCACCUCCGCCAUGGCUGCCCCCGCCCCGAUGGCAACUGCCACGACGAGCAUCGGCAGCAUGGUCUUCCCACCCUCCCUGGCGAGCAUGGGCGGGAGCGAUUUCGGGGGCGUGCAAGUGAAUGCGACGCCUAGCUACAGCACCCCGGAGAACUCCUGCACGACAGCAUCUUCAGACUCCUUCGGCGCACAGGUCUCGCCCGUCUCGGACCUGGCCGAGUAUUACCCUAUCCCGGUCGGCGGCGACAACCCGAACCCAGAUUAUUACCAGCCUAAUAACGGCCAAGGAUGUUACCAGGAGUCAUCGCUUACUAGUCCUUGUGGAUUCUUCAACUACGGAUUGGACUUCCAAGCGUGCAUGGAUCAGAACAACACUCAGUGGUUGGACGAUGGGGACACUUCCGACAGCUUGUGGAAUAUGGAGGAUGUCUUUUACUCGGAGCAGCAGCCAGCUUCAAUCAACAACUACUACUGAGAAUACGAGAUAAAAUUUGAAAAAAAAAAUAAAUAAAAAAUAGGAGGGCGAAAGCGAAAUUCGAUUGUAAACAGUAAAAUUUGUGAAGAAAAUAGGGAAUCGCUCGACAUGAAAAAUAUAACUUUGUUGAGUGAAAAGAAGAAAUUGUAUCGUCCGGUUAAUUUCGUAGGGAGUCUAGUAUUGGAUUUUCCUGGUCUUUUUUUCUAUGUUUGAUUUUUUUUUUCCUUUGAUUGGGGGGGCAACUUGUAACUUGAUCUUAUUUUCGAUUAAUCUAUUUGUUUUUCACUCGAUAUUGAGCGUCGAUUUGUCCC